GAGAUCAGAGGUGGACACACGAAGACAUGAAAAGGAGGAGGGAGGCAGGAGUGUAGAUAAAGCAACGUGACAUUAUCAGCCCCCCUCUGUUAAUGUGUGCAUCAAUCUCACACCGCAGUCUCAGAGGAGGGUCCCCACCACCAAGGAGUUGUUCAUUAGUGAGGGUGCGAUAUCUGUGAAUACGGUCAUCGGCAGUGGACUUUCUGCUCACGGCAGUUGAAGGUAAGGCCUAAAGCUCAUUUCACACUUUAAUUGGUUUGGGUGAUACAUGUUACAGUGUCUGUAUUCAGAGGAUGAAGUGCUUCUGGUGUAAAUAGAUGUAGGUCUAAGCUUCGUAAAGAAUAUACCACCAAUUGAGUUCAUCACCAAACAAACGGAUGAUUUGUAUUCUGCAAAAGAAAAGAAGGGAGAGACUCCGUAAACUUUGGUAAUCAACUUUUUUCUCUGCCAAGACACAAGAAUGAGAGACUACACUUGUCUUUAUCAGAUUUUUCAUUUAUACCACCAAAGAAAAUCAAUGUACUGUGAAAUGAAGAACUUGAAAUUGUUAUCUGUCGAGAACUACUUGAGGAAGAGGAAGUGUUGCCACCUUGUUAAUAUCUGCGAGAUAAUUUAGGACCUUGUUUUGACAGUAUUUCUAUUACAAAAGCUUGAACUGAUAAAUUGAGAUCAUUUUGGGCCCGAACUGGAAUAAACUGACCUGAAAGUUAAUUUUCUUGUAGUCUGAAUCUACAGCAACAUAUUCGAAAGUAUCUAUUCAUGAUGGAGGAGCACGAACAGUUUGGUGUUUUACAGUACGUUAAUAGUUAUGGUCACAUCCUGUUGUUUUUCCCCCACCUUUUUGAUGAGUUGUCUCUCGCUUUAAAAGGCACAUAGAAACUCAGGCAUUUUAAACGAACUGAGCUGUAAUCCUUUUGUGUAACAUCAGUGCGUUUGCUCCAUGUUUGUAAAAAUAUAAAUAAACAUAAAGGAAAUAAAACAUUCGUAUCUGGUGAGGGUUAAGUGACAUUUCACAGACGUUACAAAAUACAAGUGUAAAAACAUCUUGAGUGUUAAUGUGAUACUAGUCUAAAUUAAUCUCAGCCUUCAACACUUCUGAUAUUAUUUGAUUGUUAAAUCCUUUUAAAAUUAAGCUCAAUUUAGCGCUGUUGAUGAACUACAAUGAGGAAUUAGGGAGCAGAUUAAAAUUUUAUCUCCACAUUUUGAGCGAAAUAGCGUAACAGACAGCUAGAUUUGAUCAACGUAAGACAGCUUUAACAACGAUUAACUCACCUUACAAAAUAAAUGUUUUACCAUGAAUAUUAUAUACAAUUAUACUUCUGUUUCAUGUACCUGAAAUAGUAAAUCUAAAAGAGUUUAAGAUUGAUAUGAUUGUUAAUUUGUGAAUGAUAAUAUCAUUGCUCAACACCUUAAAUAAUUGUGAGAAUAAAUUUAUCUGCCUCCCUUUUUAGAAGACGUCAUCGAUAAAAUGUUAAAAACACAAGUUAAACAAAAUGUGAAUUUUUAUGUUCUCCUCAUGCUUUACAUUCAAGAUAUACCAAUAGUCAGGGAAACAUUAAGACACUGGGCCUGCAGUUCAAAAACUCAGAUCUUAACGGACAAUUCAAGACAUGAACAGCGAUGAAUUCUCCAGUGAGCAUUUAUUGACUUUUAUUUCUAUGAUGGCAGUUAACAGGAGACAUAAAUGCUGAGGUAAAAAGCCAGACAAUAAGGACUGACCAAGUCCCUAACCCCUUUGGAUAGUUAUUUUAACAGCAGGGCACUCUGCAUCACAACAGCAGAUGGUAGCAUGCAAGAAAACGGAUAGAUGCAAAAAGAAGAAGUUUGAGAGUUCCUUACUAAAAAGCAGCCUGGAUAUAAAUAGCCAAUAAGAAACAGGUGCAAAUGUGCAGUGCAGUAUGGUGAGCAGGCCUCAAGAGAUUUCACUCAGGAACCUUCUCUUUUUUAUCUUCUUCUCUCUCUUUCUGUCUCCCUAUGUGAUUAUUGUUCUCUCUCUUCCUGCUGUUUCUGUUUUGAGGCUUUCUACAGCUCAGAGAGUAAAACGCCUCGUCUUUGUGUCACACGCAACCACGCAGGUGUGCACGCUUAGAAGGACACACACACACACACGAACACACACGCUGGUCUACGCUCUCGCUUGGCACAGGCCUGAAUAUUUUUAACCUGUUGUGCUCUCACCGCCGUUCAGGAUGCAUGUCUUUUUUUUUUUGAAGCUUUUGUUUUGAUGCUUCUUACUCAGGCUGACUGGCAUGUCAAAAAUAAGACCAUGAGAAUACAAGAUGCUUCAACAAGUGUGGAUAACAGAAAUAAAAAUGAGAACCUGCAUCUAAACAGGACACAGCAUUAUAAUUUUUGAGGUUAGACUAAAUGAAGUGGUUUGUGCUUCAGAGAGUUCCUCUUGUAUGAAAUCCUGAGUGAGUGUCUUUUGCAGCUCUUCUAAAAAGGUGUCACAUGAAACAUGCGACAUGAUCUGAACACCAUAUGUGUUGUUUGUAGGACUGAAGUGUGAGGAAAGCUUCAAAGAGGUAAAACGCAUUAGUGGCAGCUCAAUCUGUGUGUGCGUAUGUGUGUGGGUCGGUGUGUGAUUCUGGGUACGAUUGCACGUACAAGGGGCUGACUGUGGUUUCAGCAUGGUGUUCAUCCUCUCUUGCACAGCUUCCCUAACCGCCCACAAACCCCUACAAAUGAGAGAGACUUUAUCAAAAGCUGCAUUUGUCUUCAUCUGCUUCUUUUAAAAAAAAGGCGUUUGGUUUACUCAAGAAUCCCCGGGAUUAAAUUAGGCUCAAGUGAUAUCCUGACCAAACGCUGAAGAGAAGAGCAACGUUCAGGCUGAAGGAAACCUUGUUCAAAUUUAUUCUUCUAUCUCAGCAUAUUUGUCUUAUUUCACAUAUUUCUAAUGAAAAACAUUGAGAACACACCUGAUUCAAAUCAUCAGCUCGUUAUCAAACUCUGUGAGCUUGAUAACGAGCUGAUCAUUUGAAUCAGGUGUGUUGGAGCAGGGAAACAUCCAAAACAUGCAAGACAGUGGGCCUCGAGGACUGGACUUGAGAACCACUGCUGUAGCCCAGCUUUAAGUAAACUAACGCUCAAAGCAUAAUGGCAUCUUUUUGUGAAUUAAUACACAUACCACUGCGAUACCAUAUAUCGACCAUUGCGGUGGCAAGAAAUACCACAGUUUUUUAUCUUAAUCAUAUCCAAGAAAAGUCCAGGUCAAGGAUACCAUAAACUUAGACAGUAAGACCUGUAUUUCUUCAACUCAUAAUCUCAAUUCCUUUUUAUUUCAGGAUUUCUUUCUCUGUGUCAUCCACCAUGUCGCAUCUGUCAUUGUCUUUACAUGAAGGCCAAGACAGCCACAUCCUACAGGGAGAAAAUGAGCUGGUGCGUAAAGGACUUCGUCGCAAACGAGAAUUCAUACCUGAGGAGAAGAAGGACGCCCUCUACUGGGAGAAGCGUCGUAAAAACAACGAGGCGGCCAAACGGUCCAGAGAGAAGCGGCGGAUGAAUGACUACGUGCUGGAGUCUCACCUUGUGGCCCUGAAAGAAGAAAAUACAAGACUGAGUGCUGAGUUACUGGCAAUCAAGCUUCAAUUUGGCAUGGGCCAUCCUGCAGCCUACGCCACUCACCAGAGUAGUCAAUUACAACACAAUGUUCACAGCGGUGCUCAUCCAAUCGCCAACACGCAUCACCCGUCCUUACACAGGGACUACUACUGGGUUGGCAGAGACUCUUCCCUUAUCCCUGGCCAACAUUUGUCUCCCCCUUUAUUCUUUCCUGCAUAUACUCUCCAAACCCUGAGAGGAUAUCCAUAUUUGAACACACCCAGUGCUGCUGACUCUGCCCUCCCCACGCCUCUUGUCCUUCCUCGAAACGUCCGGCCCAUCCACUCAGCCCGUCCUGCACCCCCUCUACUGAAGCCCAUUCCUACCAGAGGAACCUCUGAUGAGGAAGAGGAGCAGCAGGUCCCCAGAGUGUUGUCCCUGUACUAUCCCGCUCUAUCUCGCAAAGUCUCAUCAAGGGAAGGCAAAAACUACUCUCCACCGAGACAGUAUGUGUCCAACUGACGGUCAAAUAUGAAAGGCUGCCGCUCAGGCUACUUCAGCUCUUCUCUGUGUGUACCUUCUUCUAAAGCUCAGAACAGACUCAACUUUGUGUGUGAAUAUUCUCAAUUCAGAAGCCAGCUAGCUAUCCAUCUCUUUAAUAGGAAAAAUACUGUGACAGAACUAGCCAGGUCUACGUUUGUAUUGUGUUGAAGGAUAUAAAAUCACUUGGUGCUUGAAUAUUUCUGUAAAGCAAUAACAUUUAGCCUCAAACAUAAGUAGCAAACAAAGGUAUUUCUCUACUUCAUUUGGUGCAGCUGGAAAAGAAACCUUGUUAAGACUAUGAAAUAGACUAUUCAGAAUGAAACCACAGAAUUAUAAUGAUGUUUAUCCUUUUCUUUCUUUCUAUCACUUUCUUUCUUUAUAAUUUGAUACUCCAGCAAACCAAGGGAAUGACAAUGUGAUUAAAAAACUGUAUUUUUUUUUUCUAAAUAUAUAUUAAAACAGUCCGUUUAAGAACAAUGAA